AUGCAGAGUGAGAAUCCAUACAAGAAGAGCGGUUUCGUCGACGAAUGCAACUCCAGUUCUGCACUCACGUUCUUGCGAAUUGUUUCUAAUCAGGAACAGCUUAAACUCGCCUUCAAUCAGCUAGAUUUUCAGAUCCGAACUGGCUUGCAGGAAGCCGCAGACGUGUUUGAAUCGUUAGCUAAUCCGCUGAUGAAGCUAGUAGGAUUGAAGACUGUUGAAAUGUCUGAGGAAGGAAAAAUUAAUACCGUUGUCUUCGAUUAUAAUCAUUUUUAUUCCGAUGUACUCUUCCGUCCAAUUCGUAUACUCUGUUAUCUCCAUUUGUUUAAUCAAUGUCUGAACUCUGAAGUUUUGUUUGAGCCUGACUGCAAGAAAAACGAGAAUGGAGCUGAAAGGACGGUGAGAAAAGAGGCUAGUGAAAUUGAGGAAGAAGGCUAUAUGAAUAGAGCCAAAACAGUUGGCAGAGAGCUAAUUCAGAAACAAGAGAUGCAGCUAAUGCAGUUGAUCCAUCUGCUAAGACAAGUUGAAUCCCAAGUAAAUACAAGCCAAACCAACAUUCUUCAGACCCUUAGUGACCAUCAAAAUUCCAUACAUAAUGUUUUCAAGAAAGCUGUUGCAUAUGUUUCUGCCUUUCACCAAAGAGGUGAAAAUAAUGGCACUUCUUUGAUCACAAUUCAACUUCUAAAACACAUAUUCCGUCUUGUUGUUACUACACUGAGCUCAGUAGAGUGUGGAGUGGACAACCUAGUAGAUGAGCUAGCCACAAGAAUGUGUAGUCCAAUGGUCGACUAUGUCAAGGGUCUUAAGCUAGAAGUCACAUCAGGAAGAUGUCAUCGCUUACUGAGCAUAGUGGAAGAGAUGGGAGGAGCAAUGAGAACAGGGAGGACAGAGUUGGAGGAAGCAAGGAAGAAGGCAAGAAUAGCAGAACAUAAUAGACUUGAGGUGUUGUACAAGCUGAAGGAAUCAGAAGAAAUGGCAAGGAAAUAUCAAGGAUUUCUUUCGAAAGCCAAGAAUGGAUCAAAGGAACAAUUUGAGCAAGAGAAGCUUGUAGUGAAGGACCAGGAUCAUGCUAAAGAGGACAACCUACUGUGGGAGCUACUACAGAAGAAGAGAAAAUUAGGCAUGGGAAAUGGAAGCAGUAAACCAUGCGGCCGUGCAUUGAGACAGUUGAAAGAGCUAGGUCCACAAACCCCGCACUUGGGUCCUUCCUCUUCACCUACACACAGUUCAAAUGGGCAACAUUUGCUACCCAUGAUACCCCUGGGUACUUCACCUUCAGUGACGUAUCCACAACACAAACCUCAGAAAAAGAUCAAAUCCGGAUUUCGUACAUAAAAUUUUAGCAUGUGGCAAGCAGGUCAC